AAAAACAUUUAUUAGAGAGGGACACUCACUUGGACUACCAGCAUGGCGGAACAACAGCAAGAGGUAGAUCUUCUGAACAGGGAUCCCAAUUCCCUUAAUUCCACAACACAGGUUGCUUUUGAGGAUGUGUUGGCAGAACCGGACGGCACACACAGUAUCGACUGUGUCUGGAGCAACAGUUACAAAUGCUUCACCUGUGGGAAGAACUGUUGCUACAAGCUCAUGAGUACCCUGUGUGGGAUUUGUAUUGCGCUGUACUGGGGAUGUGAGUUCGCCAUGAUCACGUUCGAGAUGGUAUGGUGCUGUACACCUGCUCUCAAAGUCCAUUCCAUCAUGCUCGGAAUUUGUCAACGUUUCCUCGGAUCAUGUAUCCAGUGCUGUCUGGCUCCUCUCUGUGAGACGAUGGGAUUAUGCUUCAGUAACAUUACAAUUAGUAAGAAAUGAUUCCAUGAUAAGAUGCUGAACAAUCAAAGCAAUUAUAUAGAUUGAUAUUAAAUAAUGAAGAUAUCUUACUAAAUUUGCUAUUAAAUGAUUGCAAUGCCAAUACGGCCCACAACAUCAGACAGAUUAGAAAGGGUCUGAUCCAGUGAUCUAACGUUUAAUUAUUCAUUGAUUGGUUUUAUUGUGCAUCAUUUCAACACCACCUGAGGCAAGCAAGGAUAUCUGAUCAUUCCUCUAUGACAUGAAAUAUCAUAUUCUGUAGGAUCCACGUGACUGUCGGCACCAAUUAUUCUACGGUUAAAUCUCUAAUAUAAAUACAUAUAUUGGUCAAUUUUGUAUUGCAUCAUUUUGUACUACAUUAAAAAAAGAAUGCAACUGUAUAUUUUCUCAAUAAAAAUUUAUGAAAACAAGAAA